GUGGAAUAGCUGCAGAAUGUCGUUUGAACAAUAGCACUGUGAACGGUCCAUCUGGAAACAUAAAACUAGUUACAAUGGCUAAAGGUUGACAUGAAAAGCAAUGAAGGAUAAUAAGAUGUGUGUUUUCAAGCUCUUGCUAUACACUCUGUGAGAUGCCAGAUCACAAUAUGCAAAGCAUGGAUUGGGCUAAUGAAGUUUUUCCUUGAGAUGCUGGAUAAAACCACUGAACACUCAAAAUAGGAAGUUCCAGACAAAGGACAAAGAAAAUGUUCCUCUUGUAACACGGCAGUCUUGAGCAGGCAAGCGAGCACAGAGUUUUCUCAACAAUGGAUGGCAAGGCAAAUGUGAAGUCCAUUAUGGCGAAGUUUAAUAACAACUCAGCGGAGGAUGUUCACUGCCAUCAGGUCAGAGCUGGGGGGCAACCUCUUUUGGUUAAAAAAGCAGCAUUUGAGAAGUUUUCUCAGCUUGAAAAUGCUGGUCAACCUGCCAAGCCCAGCAGCUGUUACAAACCUGCAUCGCUUAAAUCACCUUUGACCACAAAACCUCUUCAUGAUGCAUCAGGGAAGGAUUUAAAUGCACCUCCUUUGCACAGCGGCCCUGUGGCCAGCAAGGUGAAGAUGCUAGCUCAGGCUGCUAGCCGAGAAGCUAAUGAAAAAACUAGCUGCCCUAAGCCUUUGGGUCCCAAGACUUCUGAAGGACUAAGAGAGGAAACCAAGCCAGUGUUCCCAAAGGCUCCUGAGAAGAGGUUACCUGGCUCUCCUGCCCAGAAGAAUGAACUGAAGCCUUUGGAUCAGAGGGUCUUCAAACCUGAACCUCCAGGAAGUGAGGCAAAGCCUGUCUUUUCCAAGGUCGCUGGAGUUAAAGAAAAAUUCACCAGUGCUGCACAGGAAAACAACCCCAAGCCUUCUUUUCCAAAGCCACCUAUUAGCCAAAAACCAAGUCAAAGUUUCAUCCAAGGUGAAGAAACUUCCAGCAAAAGUGCUUGUUUUAAUCAGGGAUCACCAGGUUCCAUGGGCCUCAAGUCGAAAGCUGGCUCCAUCCGACCUCUCAAAGACCCACAGGACAAGAGCAGAAAUGAAACUAAUCUGAUCAGCCCUUUCCCACCUUUGAAACCUGUCAGUAACCAGAACAACCUGCCUCAAAUCCUCCCCAAACCUGUUGGGCAACAGAAUGAAGAGGCAAAACCAAAACCAAUCAAGAAUAUUUUCCAACAAAACAAACAAGAAGAUUCUGGCUCUACAUUUGGUACAACUGCUACUAAAUUGGCCAAUUCAUCUAGAACAGUUACAAUAGGACCUUGGGCCAAUAACAUUGGAAAGGAAGAGAAAGACAAAAAUUUGCCCAGACGAAAAACACUACCUUCACCAAUUACAUUGGGACCAGCCCCACAGAAACCUAAUAGGCCUCCAACAGUUGACCUGGAAAAAUUCAGGAAAAAUGGAGAACGCUCCAUUCCAUCCCAUUCAGUGAAUUUGCCUCCUCCACUUCCACCAUCUAUUUCUGCCACGCAGUCUGCAGACUUACUGUUGCCUCCUCCUCCUCCAGGUUUCCAUCCAUCAACACAAACUCCUGUUCUUCCCCCAAGAGUGAACCUCCCAUCCAGGUCUGAUUUCAGAGGCCAAGAAAAUGAAGAAAGUUAUGAUGAUGUUGGAUUUGGUUCAGAAGGUACUGGAAAUGGAGAUGAUAAUCAGAACAGUGAUGGAGAAAUGUAUGAAGACAUAAAUGAUAUGAGACCACAAGAAGCUGAUAAAAAGAAAGAGAAGGAAGAAAAGAAAAAAUCUGAUCAAAAGAAAGAACAGAAGGAUAAAGAUAAAAAGGAGCAAGAACUCAGAAAGAAGUUCAAGCUAGUGGGUCGCAUUGAAGUUAUUCACCAGGCACGAGCUACCACAGACUUUAAAGGAGGAAAAUAUGAUCUGUCAUUCAAACAAGGAGAUCAAAUUGAAAUACUCCGCGUCACAGACAAUCCAGAAGGGAAAUGGUUGGGAAGAUUAAAAGGCUCCUAUGGCUACAUUAAAACUACCAUGGUGGCAAUUGACUAUGAUUCGUUAAAAAGGAAGCCACGGCCUCCCAUCAACGUUCAGCCAAAGCACCCAGACAGUGAUCAAGAAGUCUAUGAUGAUGUUGGGGACCAGGACAGUAUCAGCAGUGGAAGUCAAAGUGCCAUGGGAGGGUUUCCACCUCCUCCACCAGAUGACAUUUAUGAUGGUGUAGAAGAUGAUGAAGCUCUAACAAAAUCUGUGUCACAGGAUGAAGAGAAGAGUGACACCUGGUCCAAGGGACUUUUGAAGAUUUUAAAGGGAAAAGAUUGCCAAAAGAAAAGUAUGCGAACAACAGCACCCAAAGUCAGUGUGACUGAAGAUGAAAGUUCCUUAGGGAUACCUUCAGCAAGACAAACAGGGAAGGAUUCCGGAGAUAGUGAUGUCUAUGAUGAUGUUGAAUCAACUGACUUCCCUCCCCCACCAAAAGAAAUUAGCCUAGGGAUAAAUAUAAAAUCUUUGAACUUUGGGAGGGGCAAAUCCGAUGGACGUGAUUCACAGAAGCUUAAGAAGAUUGAUAAAGAAGAGAAAGAUUUUCGGAAAAAAUUCAAAUAUGAAGGCGAUAUUCGAGUUCUGUAUACCACCACCAUAUCUAGAGCACCAUCCCCCAAGAAAAGAGGCUCCAAAGAUUUGCAAGUCAAGCCAGGAGAUACGGUUGAGGUUAUUAAAAAUGUGGAUGAUACUAAAGUCCUCUGUAGGAAUGAAGAAGGAAAAUGUAAGUACUAAAACACAAGAAAAAUCAUCUCCCGCUUCUGUUAUGCAAGAAUAGGAAGUUAUGUAGAGCAGAAUGGGCAUUGUGGCCAUCCAAAUAUCGUUGAACUCCAACUUCCAUCAGCCCUAGUGCUUAUGGCCAAACGUAA